UCGCCAAUAAUGAUUCAAGCUAAAAUUCUCAUUCAAGAAUUGUGGCAAGAUGGCACUGAAUGGGAUGAACAGGUAAAACCUUUACGUUUAACAAAAUGGGUUCAAUUUGCUAAUAAUCUACAUACUAUAUCAGAAAUUCGAAUCCCUCGAUGGGUAAAUUUCACCCCUAACAUUAACACAGAAUUACACGGUUUCUGUGAUGCCUCUGAAAAGGCUUAUUGCGCAACAGUCUACAUACGCACUCAGUAUGAUAGCAAAAUAACUUCACAUCUUUUGGUAGCCAAAGCCAAAGUUGCACCUUUGAAGACACUAAGCCUGCCACGGCUUGAACUAAAUGGUGCUCUUCUGUUAGCAAAAUUAAUUUCAAUAGUUCAAACCCAUCUAAAAUUAAACGAUCACAAAAUGUAUCUCUGGUCAGACUCAGAAAUAGUUCUAGCAUGGUUGGAAAAACCACCCUAUACUUGGAAGACAUAUGUAUCGAAUCGCAUAUCACAAAUCUUAGACUUAGUUGGCUCAGCAAAAUGGCAACAUGUUGCAAGUGCAGAUAACCCGGCGGAUCUGGGGACAAGAGGUUGCAAACCACUUCACCUCACCAGCACUACACUCUGGUGGAACGGUCCCACAUGGCUAACAGAAUCACAAGAAUUCUGGCCAAAGUCUCCUGCUCGGAAUAUCAUACCUCCGGAAAGUCGGAAAAUAGAAAAUUUUCAUAUCACUCCAGAAGAGGAUGAUAUUCUCCAAAGAUUUUCCUCAUUUCCUCGAGCACUAAGGGUAGUCGCUUAUAUGCACAAAUUCAUCCAUAAACUUAAACAAAAGGUGAAAAGGAUAUCAAACGAUCCUGACAUGCAACUAACAUAUUCCGACUUGCAACAUGCCAAGGUCAGUCUAAUCUUGUAUACACAAACUCGCUAUUUCAGCAAAGAGAAAUCAAAGUUGCUUGAAAAGCGACCUCUCGAAAAGGGAAGCUCACUUCUCGUGUUAAACCCAUUCCUGGACGCUAAGGGAUUACUACGGGCAAAUGGAAGACUAGCCAACUCCAGCCUUAGUUACAAUGAACGACAUCCCAUCAUUAUCCCAGAGAAAUCCCGUUUUGCCUACUUAUUUCUAAUAUAUCUGCACCAGCUUACAAUGCAUGGUGAGCAUCGCUUGAUGCAACAAAUGGUCCGGCAAGAGUUUUAUGUACCGCGACUAAAGCCACAAGUUAAAAGAACCAUUUUCAUGUGUAAACAGUGUACUAUGUACAAGCACAAGAUGCGUACGCAGAUCAUGGCAGCCCUACCACCUGAACGCUGCAACUACGCUUUACCCUUUACCAUCACUGGGGUUGAUUUUGCUGGACCUUUCCAAAUAAAGGCCUCAAUGCUAAGGUCUUCCUCAUUUAGAAAAGGGUAUGUGGCUGUCUUUGUAUGUUUUACAACAAAGGCAGUACACCUCGAGCUAUGUUCGGAUCUGACUACUGCGGCUUUUCUUGCAGCAUUUGCCCGCUUUGUCGGACGGCGCGGAUUUCCUUUAAAAAUUAUGAGCGACAAUGGAAAAAACUUUGUCGGAGCUCAAAGAGCCACGGAAAAGGAGUUUUUACAAUUCAUGAAAGAAGUAUCCCCCGAAAUUGUCAGAAAAUAUGCACCCCAAGGGAUCGAAUGGCAAUUCAUACCCCCAUGUUCUCCACACAUGGGCGGACUCUGGGAAUCAGCAGUAAAGAGCUUUAAGUCCCAUUUAAAGAAAACGGCUGGUAACCAUAAAUUCAAUUAUGAGGAGUUUACUACAUUACUCACUCGUAUCGAAGCCGUACUAAACUCUAGACCUAUCUCACCACUCUCGCAAGAUCCCUCCGACUUCACAGCCUUAACCCCAGGGCAUUUUCUCAAAGGAGCACCCAUUCUGGCCAUACCUGAGCCAGGCGUGGAGUCGCUAUCCUUAUCGAACAGAUGGGAGCGAAUUAAAAUCCUCCAUCAUGAUUUCAGCCGCCGAUGGAAGGAAGACUACAUAAAGGACCUUCACAAGAGAUACCGGUGGAAAACUCAAGAAAAGGCACCAAAGCUUGGAGACUGCGUCCUUAUACAAGAUGAUUGUCUCCCUCCUACGGAAUGGCGACUCGGCCGCAUAAAACAACUUCAUUACGGUUCCGACGGUCAUGUUCGAGUAGUUGAUCUCCGCACUCAAACCGGAACACUAACCAGACCGCUCGUAAAAUUAUGCUUUCUACCAACCGCCGAAGAUAAAGAAACGUAAAACCGAAACCGCAAUAAUAAAUCAAUAAAUCGUUAAAACAUAUAACCGCUUACCAAAUCGAAACCUCGAAUAACAUUAAUGACACAAAGACUUAACAUAAAUGUCUGAUAAAAAAAGACAUCCUAUUCAUGCCACAUAUCGUGGCACAAAAGUCCAUAUUAUUGUAAAUUUCACAAUACAUUCCUAAUAUCAUAAUUUCUCUCACAGAGUAAUAUGGACGUGGAUAUGGCAUCAUCGUCAACGCCAACCAUGCGUUCGGCAAUUUCCGCCCCUCGCGCUGAAGCUGCUCCAAUAGCAGCACCCCGGACCAACACUGCACCGGCAGCGCCUCGAACAACAACAGGCUCCACCGCGACAACGGCUCCGCGUCAAAGCACGCCAGCAUUACCAGCGAAUUUGCAACUCAUUCGUUGUCCUUUAUGCCGCCGCCCUCAUCGGCUAUCGCACUGCGGUAUAUUCAAAGGCAUGCCGCCGAUGCAACGCCAGCAGGUGGCACAGGCGCACGGGUAUUGCCUGAAUUGUCUGGCAACUUCCCACGCAACUCAGGAGUGCCCAUCACCUAAUCGUUGCCAAAUCUGUGUGCGGGCUCAUCAUACGAUGCUGCAUCGCAUUCACAGACGCGACUCCCGGCGCCCACCGGCUCCUCGCACCAGUGGUAACGUCAGGCGUUCCCAAAGGACUCCUGUGACGGCAUACCGCCGCCGCGGACCCUCUGCAGCAGAAUCCCGUCCUUGGCGCCAUAACCGGGCAACAUCAACACGACGCCAUCAGCUUAGGCCGCAAUCCCGCCGGUCAACAGGUCUCAGCAGCGUGGUAGCAACGCUCCAGCAGCUACAGCGGCUUCUAGGCUAAAUACUCGCCUAGGGGGGCCGGGAUGGCUAAAUGAGUAGCGACGUCGCAUCACAUCUACAUCGAUUUAUUCACCUCAUCACGCGAGAGAAAACCACACGUUAACACACAUACACGCACAUGCACCCAAACGCGAUGACUUACUGCAAUCUAAUUAGAACAAAAGGAAUAGAGAAAGCAGGUCGCGCACCUUUCGUUGAUACGACGUCGUCCAAGCAACAUCGCUUUUCGCAGCCUCUCAGCAUCCCGGUUCCCGUUCGCUACCCGCAUUUAUAUAGUUAAAGUUUUCAUUUUAUAUUAAACCUAAUUUCCAUAACAUUCAUCAUUGUGCAUAUAUAUAUACAUUUAACGUUUUUAAACCGGCAAUUUUCAAAUUAUAAUUACUUUGAUAAUUUCUGUAUAUAUAAUAUACAUACAUUUAACGUUUAAUUUAAAAAUUAAAUCAUCUUUGGUUAUACCAAAUUUGAAGUGUAUAAAAAUAAAAGUUUAUAACGAUUUGCGGAAUUGGUGCAUUUUAGUUUUUUCUUUAAAGGAAAGUGUGAGUGGCCUA